UUUGCAUUUACUCAUUAUUUAAUAUACACAACAGCAGCAUGAAAGAUCUCAAAGCCCCACCACAAGUCCCAACUUCCAUCCUCUCCUCUAAAAAUCUACUAUCUUUCUCUGACUUUGCCAUUAAUGCCUACAUAAACAAACUCUCAAACUUCACAUGUCUUCACCUUGGAAAAAUCAUUUGAAACCAUCAUUUCAUAUCCUAGAGAAACACAAAUGGGCAAGAAAAUGAAGCUUCCUUUUCUCUCCAAGAUUUCUAAAACAGACUCAUCAAGUUCUUCAUCUUCAUGGCCUUGGCCUGCUUAUUGUCAUCAACCCAAAACUCUCUCUUUCAGAAUCACCCAAAACACACCUGCUGAAUCUGCAAGUUUCUGCAAUGAAUCUGAUGAUGAGCCGUCCUUAGAGACUGUGAUUAAAGGUUUAAGAUCAGAGAGGCUGUUUUUUGAGCCUGGGGAGACCAGCUCAAUCUUGGAAGAAGCUGCCAAGGCUGGAGGAGGUGGUGAGUUUCCAUUUAAAAAAAGUGUUGUUUUGUCGAUGGAGUCUCAAGACCCUUAUGUGGAUUUCAAGAAAUCGAUGGAGGAAAUGGUUGAGGCUCAUGGUUUAAAAGAUUGGGGAGAUCUUGAAGAGUUGCUUUCUUGCUAUUUGAAAUUGAAUGCAAAGAGCAAUCAUGGGUUUAUUAUUGGUGCUUUUGUAGAUUUGCUGGUUGUUAAUGGCUUUGCUUUUGCUUCUUCUUCUUGUUCUAUUUCUUCUUCUGCAAGUGAUUCUUGCUGUUGUUGUUCUCGUUCUCCUUCUUCUCCUUUGUCGACUUUCUACACUUCUUCUUUUUCCGAUGAUUCUUCUGUAACUCCUUGCGUUUCUUCAUUAGAAGCCGAUGAGGAGGAGAUUCAUGGAAGUCUCUGUUUAUCUUCAUUAGAAGCUCAGAAUCAGAUUAUUAACAAAAAAUUGAACUAACUGAAGUUGAUAUUCAUCAAUUCAUCUUUGUUUUUAAUUUCAAUUUUCUUA